AGUUGUCCUACACCAACUUCAUAACCGAUGAGUACUACUGGCUCCAUGUGGCUGUUGUGUAUUGGCAAGGCCUGUCUUCUUAUCCAUAACAAAUCGCAGAGCGAUCAUUUAUGCCCAUAAAUAAUCAAAAGGCCAGUCUCUCACCGACGGUAGGUUUUACUUUUCAUGGGUGGGAAUGAUUUAAUAAAGGCGCUCUAUAAGGACAGAGUCGGAUGAUACACCAUGUCAACAACGAGGGCCGUGCUUGAAAGAAAAGAAAAUGUAUGUGACAAGGCCUCUUUCUCUGUACAGAAAGUCUCCGGAUGCUCUCUCCUUGCCUCCCCCUGAAGGCCCAAAUUCUGGUUAUCUCGUUCUCCAGGAUGAAGAGUCUGAAACCACUUCUUGUUUCGGGUUGUGCAAGGAACGUGACAUCAGGGAUCUGCCUUUCCCUCAAGACAAGAACCUAACAGUUCGCUAUAGUACUGUGGUUGCUGGAGAUAUUAGUCUUCGCAGACACACUAACUUUUACGAGGUCUUCUUCAUUCCAGUUCUGAAUCAGCCGCUGUCUCUCAAUCGAUACUAUGCUAUAAAGCCACAUGGAAGGCAUAAAGGGGAAGCGUACGCAAGUUCAAGGGCAGAGGACAUGGGCACUUGCUGUUUCUGCGACGUCGUUGAUGAUGUAAAGCCAAGACCACUGGAUCCCCAAGACAUAUACCACCAGUUUGAGGUCUCUCUCGUUGAAGGAACUUGCACUCCCAAGGGCUCUUUCAUAGCCAAAUCUAUUGCUCCAGAUGGGCUUCCUCCAUACUUCUUGAGGAGAAGAGGUUGGAAGCUUUCUACCUCCACUCCCCCCAAUUUCAAGUUGGGUGAAGCUGCAGGGCUUGACCCCUCCCUCAGGGCUCGCCUCCCAGACUUCAACUUCCCAUUACACUCUAAGAGCUCUGAACCGGUUGUUGUGGGAAAAUGGUACUGUCCUUUCAUGUUUGUCAAAGAAGGAGAAUUGAAAGAUCGGGUAAGGAGAUCUGUGUAUUAUGAGAUGACACUUGAGCAGAAAUGGGAACAGAUCUUUGCGUGUGAGAAUAAUUAUAAUGAAGGGAACAACACUGUGGCUGUGGAUGUUGUUGUUCAAGGAGAAGUGGUUGCAAUACCUCAAGGGGAAGCCGUGCAGGACGAGAGAAAUGAGGAUGAUGGGGUGAGGUGGUUCAGGAGUAGUUCAGGAGCAGGUGUAGGGCUGAGAUUGGAAAUUAUUGAGAGAAUGAAAUGGGAGCAAGUGAGGGCUGGCUGGGACGGAGAGAAGAGAAAGGAAGCGAGAGUGGAGAGAGCAGAGGAGUAUGGGGGCUCAGGUGGGUGGAGAAAAUUUGGUUGCUACGCGUUGGUUGAGACUUUUGUAUUGAAUAGGAUGGAUGGGAGCUUGGUAUUGAGCUGUGGAUUCAAGCACACUCAUCAGAUUAAAAGCAGAUGGGAAUGAGAGUGUCUACUAUUCAUUUGUAACACUCAAUAACUACAGCUUCCCCUCAUCCCCUGUUCCUUCGUAUGUAUGAUAUGCAGUUCCUUGCAAAAA